AAAACUUCCCGUCUUGUAAGAGAGAUGCCCACCACUUCUCCCUUUGGGUAGGAGGCGCGACAUCCCGAGCCUCGGGUAUCACCAGCGCUAUGAUGGGUUUGGGAACAAUUCCUUCCACUUUCCCGGGUGAAAUCGACUCCAGUGGCACAGUUUGCGCACUCAUCCCGGGGCAGCCGGCCAGGAGGUCGGGUUUGGCCGCGGCGACUGGCCUCGCAAGACCCCGCCCCUAAUGGGCGGAGCCACCGCAGGGCCAGCACGUGUAAAAAGUUCGGCGCGGGUCUCCGCAGGCCACUCACCUGAGCGUCCGGCCGCCGAGCGGGUUGUCUGCUCCUGCGCCAUCGCCCCAUGUCCCGCCGCAAGGCCGGCUGCGUGCCGCGCCGUGUAGACCCGGAGCCCGACAAAGACGACAUGGAGACGCCCGAGCUCGUCAUUGAUGUGAAGCCAGAGCACGACGCGGGGGCCUUGGCCCCGGGGCUCUGGUCCCCGAAGGACGUGUACAUGCCGAAGCUCCUCGGUACCGAGCGUCGCCUCGGCACCGACCCGCGCCCCCUCGGCGCACGCAGCCCGUGUGCCCCGUGGAUACCGCUGAGCCCCGAACCUUCCGACCGCCAGCCCUGGACCGACAAGCACCCAGAUCUGUUGACCUGCGGCCGCUGCCUGCAGACUUUCCCAUUGGAGGCCAUCAUCGCUUUCAUGGACCACAAGAAACUGGGCUGUCAGCUCCUCCAAGGCGUCGGCCCCAAUUCAGAAUCCAAGGAGCUGAAGAUUCUGAGUUGCCUGCGAUGUGGUAGACAGUUCAGUGAAGCCUGGAAGCUGCUACGCCAUGCCCAGUGGGAUCAUGGGCUAUCCAUCUACCAGACCGAAUCAGAGACCCCGGAGUCCCCACUGCUGGGCCUGGCUGAGGUAGCUGCGGCCGUAUCGGCAGUGGCAGUGGUAGCACCAGUUGAGGAUAAGCCCCCCACAGUGAGCAGUGCUGCCCGGCGAAGCCCCACCUGCCUGGUGUGCAAGAAGACCCUCAGUUCCUUCAGCAACCUCAAGGUCCAUAUGCGGUCCCACACUGGUGAGCGGCCCUACGCCUGUGACCAGUGUCCCUACGCCUGUGCUCAGAGCAGCAAGCUCAACAGGCACAAGAAGACCCACAAGCAGCAGACAUCCGGGAGCCCCUGCACCCCUGCCAGCAGCAGGGGUGUCUCCCCAGCAGCCCCUCCAGAGCCAGCUGACCAUGCAGCUGUUCCAGCCAGCACCCUCCCCCUGGAGGAGGUGGAGAAGGCUGGAGCUGCAGCCACAGCAGGAGUCCAGGAACCCGGGGCCCCUGGCAGUGGAGCUCAAGCAGGCCCAGGUGUUGUUGACUGGGGACCAAAGUUGACUGUGAGCAAAGUACCAAGGACUGACCCUAUAAAGAGUGAGAAGACAACCACCAGGAAGACCCCCAAGUCGACUGGCAAGAGCCGCAGGCCUGGGAGCAGCUGUGAGUUCUGCGGGAGGUACUUUGCCAACAGCAGCAACCUGGUAGUACACCGGCGUAAACACACUGGUGAGCGGCCCUACGCCUGUGACCAGUGUCCUUAUGCCUGUGCCCAAAGCAGCAAGCUCAACCGCCACCGCCGCAUGCACGGUCUGGGGCCUGGCAGCACCCGCUAUGAGUGCCCACACUGCUGUGUGCCAUUUGGCCUACGGGCCACACUGGACAAGCACCUGUGGCAGAGCCACCCAGAGAUGGCCUGAGAGCAGUCCUGUCACCUCCUUAGCCUUCCUUUUGUGUGAAUAAACCAUCUUCUAUUUAUUCA